AAUUUUCAUUUGUAGCUCAUAAAAAAUAGUCCCUGUAAUGAAUGUAUCAUUUAGUUUAAUUCUUUGUUUAGUUUUUGCGGGUUAUGUGAUUAAUACAAUAUGGACAUUAGCUGAAAUAUUUAUUCCACCUGAAUGCGGUCGUGGCGAAAAGUGUUAUGCUUCGUAUCUUUCUUCGAACCCUACUUUGAACCUAAUACUUUUCACUUCUAUUACGGAACAUCCUCUUUUUGAUGGUUCAGCUGCUGAAUCUGUUUCAAGAAUUUAUACUGCAAUCAAAUUCGACUACCGAAAUCCGUCUACGUUUGAUAUAACAUUGAAAGUACCGCGCAAAACCCGCAACAAUGGAACACUAUACAUGCAUGCAGUUCUCGUGGACAACAGCCGCCUCAACAAGGAGUUUCAAGAGCUUCGUGCUACAGAAUACGUACAUACCCUGCCACUCGUUGUACAUACAGAAGCACAGGCGGAAACUUUUAAUUUAUUAAAACAAAAUAUUGAUGAAAACAAACUGAAGAAGAAACAUGUACAGCCAUUUUCCCAUAUAGUGACCCAGGUGCCUCUUUCAGUUCUUGCUGAUAAAUUAAAUCUUCCUGAUAAAAAAAUUCCUGGAGAACUGUAUCCAUAUAUGAAGAUUAGACAAGGCAUGUUUCUGCCAAUAAUUCAACACAACGUUCUCAAGUCGCGUUUGUCUCAACUGCAACUGCUUAAUAGUAGUACUGCAGAAGUUAACAUCACAGUCUCUGUAGCACCAACAUCGUAUGGUUCAUUUCGCCUAGCGCUGCAUGUGAGGCUGACUUUACAACAACUUCACUCACUUGGCUUCAGUCAAAAGGAUGUGGAUGAUGUAAAGGGCAUCUUUGCUGAUACCAAUUUGUAUCUGCUAUCGGCUACUGUUCUAAUUGCUAGUUGCCAUUUAUUAUUUGACUUCCUAGCAUUCAAGAAUGACGUCUCGUUUUGGCGCCGCAAGCGCUCCUUGGCGGGGCUGUCCGCCCGCACUGUACUAUGGCGAUCCUUUUCGCAGUUUGUUAUCUUCUUGUACCUUCUUGAAGAAAAGACUUCCAUGCUCGUUCUUGUUCCUGCUGGAAUCAGUGCAAUUAUUGAGCUAUGGAAAGUAACAAAAGUUCUUCAUCUACGUGUGAGUUUCAUUGGUUGGAAACUUCGUGUAUGGCGUGACGCGAGUUUGGACGCGAGUGAGAAGACCACUGCCAGGGCGGAUGCAGAGGCCAUGCGUUAUUUGUCCAUGCUACUGUAUCCGCUGUGUUUCGCGGGCGCUAUUUACUCGCUCGUUUACGAACCUCAUAGGAGCUGGUACUCGUGGCUGCUUCACAGCAUCGUCAAUGGUGUAUAUGCAUUUGGAUUCCUGUUCAUGUUGCCACAACUAUUCGUUAACUACCGACUGCGGUCUGUAGCUGCGCUCCCUUGGAGAGCAUUCAUGUAUAAAGCCUUUAACACUUUCAUUGAUGACAUAUUUGCCUUUAUUAUCACAAUGCCGACUGCGCACCGCGUGGCUUGCUUUAGGGAUGAUCUUGUCUUCCUCAUUUAUUUAUAUCAAAGAUGGUUGUAUCCAGUAGAUAAAUCGCGUACAGAUACAGCAGCCAGUAUGGAUGAGAACCCGGACGAGCCAGAGCCAGGCAAAAAGAAAAUGGACUAGGUCCAAUAGCCAAUUCUAGUAGACUCACAACGACUUCCAAAGGUGCUAGGUGGGUCAACGCCGUGACUGUUUUCCUAAAUUUUUUUUGUUACUGUAAAUAAUCCUUUUAAUUUCCUAAUGAUAUACAUGAAGCAGCGUAGAACCAUCGAUAAGUUGAUGGUUCUACGAUGAUUAUCUUUUUAAUGAGUCGGUCGGAUUUGAACUUUGCGAUGACAAAAUUGGCCUUGUAGUUUUUUACUCUUAGGAUCGUAUUCCAGAACUCUACUCAAUGCUCAAGUCAGGAUUUGAGCAGACUUGAGUAUGAUUUCAAGCACUGGAAAUACGACCCUAAUGGCAAGGACUUGAGUAUGAUUCUAGUGCUUU